GAAGUGAUGAAAAGCUCUGUUGAGUUGAGAGUGUUUCACAAACUGCUGUGCUCUUUUCAAAGUGAAGAAUAAAGGGUCUAAAAUGAGCAACUUGAUAAUACAGCUUGAAUUCAUUUAUUGUGGCUUUAUUACUCACAUCAGCUGUAAUCUGACGCUCAGGUGGACGACCUUUGGAGCAAGAGAGGAGAGAACCUGCGGCCUGUUUAUCAGUUAGAUAACAACUGGACCUGGGCUGUAAAACAGACCUCAGAUCAGACUUCCUCUGCACAAACACACUUUCUCUCCUGGUUUCACACUGAAGACAGCAUGGCGGGCAGGAAGUCGGUGUGCUGUGGUGUGUCGGCUCUGGAGAUCUCGCUGGCCGUCCUCUUAAUCAUCAUGACAGCCGCAUGCGUGACACUAAUCACACUGAUGGCUAUUGGGAAAACACACACAGAUCCCGAGCCGACCCUUCCUUCCAGUCCAGAGCCUCAGCACAAACCCUACCUGAUCGGAGUGGGCCGAGCCGACUGCACCGGACCACCUGCUGAAAUCCCUCUGAUGGGUUAUGCAAACCCUCAGCAAACAGCUGCAGGUAUACACACUCGUCUGUACAGCCGAGCCUUCAUCAUCGACGACGGGAAGAGAAGAGUUGUGUUCGUCACGGCAGACGUGGGCAUGAUAUCACAAAGACUACGACUGGAGGUUCUGCAGGCCCUGAAGGUGAAGUACGGGGAUCUGUACCGUCAGGAUAAUGUGGUUCUGAGCGGGACCCACACACACUCUGGACCGGCCGGAUAUUUCCAGUACACACUGUUUAUGAUCACCAGUAAAGGUUACAUCAGUGCGUCCAUUGAACCGCUGGUCAGUGGCAUCAUCAAGAGUAUAGACAUAGCCCACGCUAACAUGAAGCCAGGCAGGAUUUACAAGAACAGAGGAGAGCUGGACGACAGCAGCCUGAACAGAAGUCCUCACUCCUACCUGAACAACCCCGAGGACGAGAGACACAGGUACAAGUGGAACACAGAUAAACAGGUGCUGGUGCUGAAGUUCACAGAUCUGGAUGGAGACGGGAUCGGUAUGCUCAGCUGGUUCGCCGUCCACGCCGUCAGCAUGAACUACACAAACCGCAUGGUGAGCAGUGACAACAUGGGCUAUGCCUCCUACCUCAUGGAGCAAGACAAGAACCCCGGAGAACUACCUGGACAGGGAGGUUUUGUUGCUGGCUUCUCCUCCAGUAACCUCGGUGAUGUCAGUCCAAACACCAGAGGACCUCACUGUGUGAACACCGGACUACCCUGCGACUACCUGAACAGCUCCUGUCCUGUAGGAGGGACUAAGAUGUGUCAGGGGUUUGGACCUGGAGGCGACAUGUUCGACAGCACGAGGAUCAUCGGACACAACAUCUACAGGAAGGCCAAGGAGCUGUAUGCCAACGCAGUGGAAGAGGUGACAGGCUUCCUUCACUCCGCCCAUCAGUGGGUCAACAUGACGGAUGUUACGAUUCAGAUCAACGCCACACACACGGUCAGAACAUGUAAACCAGCUCUGGGUCACAGUUUUGCAGCAGGAACAACAGAUGGAGGGGGAGACCUCAACUUCACUCAGGGUGCUGUGGAAGGCGACCCGUUCUGGGACGGGAUCAGAGACGCCAUUGUGGGAAAACCUUCAAAUCAGACACAGGAGUGUCACCAUCCCAAACCGAUCCUGUUCAGCACAGGGGAGAUGAACUGGCCUCUGCCUUGGCAUCCUGAGAUCAUCGAUGUCCAGAUCAUCACCAUUGGCUCUGUGGCUGUCAUAGCUGUUCCUGGAGAGAUGACCACCAUGUCAGGGAGGAGGUUAAGAGAAGCUGUCAAACAGGAGCUCGAGUCCGAGGGGGCGUUCAGGAACUCGGAGGUGAUGAUCGCUGGGCUGAGCAACGUGUACACUCACUACAUCACCACCUAUGAAGAGUACCAGGUGCAGCGAUAUGAAGGAGCCUCAACCAUCUAUGGGCCGCACACGCUCAGCGCCUACCUGCAGAAGUACAGAGGCCUGGCGAGAGCCAUCGCACAGGACCGAGUGUCGGAGCUGCCGGUCGGCCCUCAGCCGCCCUUCUUUGAGAAGAAUCUCUUCAGUCUGCUGCCUAUGGCAUCAUUUGACAGAAAGCCAGAAAACAGCAGCUUUGGAGACGUCCUGCAGCAGGUUUACCCCGUCUACAGACCGGGUGAUGUCGUCUCUGUCACGUUCGUAGCAGGAAACCCCAGACACUCCGGAGACAUCAGAGAUAAAACUUUUGUUACCGUGGAGCUUUAUGACAACAGAACCGACACCUGGCAGGUUGUUCACACUGAUGCAUCAUGGGAGACCAGGUUUCACUGGCUGAAGGGCUCGAACCGGCACAGUAACUCCACAGUCGAGUGGCACAUUCCCCCGUUGGCCCCCAGCGGCUCCUACAGGAUCAGACACUUCGGACACUACAAGCAGCUGAAAGGCCUGCAGCCUGUCAUCACGCCGUAUGAGGGAACGUCCAACGUCUUCAGAGUCGCCGCCAGCUUUUACUAUCAGUGAGGCGUCCCAGGAUUUCCUCUAACGGCCUCAUGUGUCUCCGUGUUUUCGCUCUUUAUAUAAGCUAAAUAUUUUCCCUCUGAAAUCAUUUCUGCACUUGUGUUUACACACUGGAAAUGAAGAAUGAUUUCAGAACUGAUUUGUCUUCUUGCAUAAAUUAAAGAACAAAAAGUGAUGUUUUGACAUUUCCUUUUUGUAUGUUUGAACUAAUAAUCAUUGA